AGUUGCUUUUCUUUGCUCGGAGGAAGCUGUCUUGCAGAGAUUUGGGGUCUCUGUUUGUUUUUUACUUGUUUGUUUAUCACAUCCUGCAGAGUGAACAGAAUUUGUUUUUAUCCGCUCAUCCGGUACGAUACCAACUUAGAAGAGUCCGUAUAAUUAAUGUCUAACUAACGUAAAUGUCAUUUGCAAUUAAGUUUGGCGUUUUUCAAAUUUGUAUUCAUUUCAAAACGUCUACAUGAAAAGUUUAGGGCAGUUAUAUCACACGACAGGGAAACGGUAGUGCGUUUUGGAGAAGUCGCGCGCAUCCCGUCGAUAUGUUGUUUUUUCUUGAAAACCAGGUCAGUGUCUGGACGGACCCAUCAUCAACAUCAUCACCCGAACAGAUCCAGGCUGCUGUCCCGCGAUCGGUCCAGCUCGGGCUCACGGUCCUCUUCACGGUCCUGUACGCGUUGUUGUUUGCGUUUGUUUACCUGCAGCUCUGGUUGAUUCUGCACUACGGACACAAGCGCUUGAGCUACCAGACUGUUUUUCUCUUCCUCUGCCUGCUCUGGUCGGCACUGAGGACCACACUCUUCUCCUUCUACUUUAAAAAUGUUGUGGAGGCGAACCAGCUGCAGUCUUUACCGUUCUGGCUCCUGUAUUGUUUUCCAGUCUGCCUGCAAUUCUUCACACUGUGUCUGCUCAACCUGUAUUUUGCGCAGGUGAUAUUCAAAGCCAAAGCAAAAUAUUCCCCGGAACUUAACAAGUACAAGGUGCCCUUGCGUCUGGGCUUUUUGCUGGCGAGUAUUUUUUUCCUGGUGGUGAAUGUAACGUGUGCCAUGCUGGUUCAAGAUGGUGCAGAUGAGAGCCAGGUGAAAGAUGCAGUACUUGCACGAGUGUUGGUCAACGACAGCCUCUUUGUGCUCUGUGCCAUCUCGCUCGCCGUCUGUAUCUUCAAAAUCGCUAAAAUGUCUUCAGCCAAUGUCUACUUGGAGUCAAAGGGGACAUCUGUAUGUCAGGCCACGGCAAUUGGGGCGGCGGUCAUCCUCCUUUACACCUCCAGAGCCUGUUAUAACUUGGUGGUGGUGGCUCUUUCUCCUGAAGAUCGACCCAGCCCGUUCAAUUACGGCUGGUACAAUGUAUCUGACCAGGCCGAUGUGGAGAAGAUCAAUGGAGAAGCCUACGUGGUCUUCGGUGUCAUUUUGUUCUUCUGGGAAUUGCUGCCCACCAGUCUGGUCGUGUUGUUCUUCAGAGUGCAGAGACCCAAUCAGAACCUGACGCCCAGUGGUAUGAUCAGCAGUCACAGCUUCAGUUCCAGGGCGUAUUUCUUUGACAACCCUCGUCGCUACGAUAGUGACGAUGACUUGUCUAGAAACGCGUCAUCACGAGGGGAGAGAUGCAGCAGUAUCGCGUCAUCCACGCCGCAGACGGGUCCAGGUUGGUACGGCUCGAUCAAGAGGAACAGCAGCCUGACGGGGAUCCCUCACCUGCUGAAUGGACCCCAAACCUCAACCGCCCCCCUCCUCUUCGCUUACGGCAACAUUCAGACCAAUCAACACCACAAUUACUAUUCCACCCCCCAAAAUUACUACUCGCCCACCCAGACACACUACGCCACCCCUCAGAAUUAACGCUGAGGAGAUGGCUCUAAGACCACAGGACACCUUUGAGCAGCGCUUGUGGUUGUCUUCCCCUUUAUUCAAUUGACCCGCCCUCUACGAGGCAUUGGCCCAGCAAGCGCAGCGAUCUAAAACUUCGGCACAUGGACACUCCUGCGAGUUUGGAUGUGGUUUUUGCACUUAUUGUGGGCCUGUAUUUCAUAUUUGGAGGAAUAGGAUAACAGGUGUUGAACGCUUUGUACAUACUGUACGCACUCUUUGUGAAAGAGCCUCAAGGUUUUUGAAGACCAAGUGACAGAACGUCCUAGAAUUCGUAAUUUUCUGUAUCUGGUGUCGUGGUACUGGGACCCAAUAUGUGCACUACACAUGAAAUUCAUGUGAUUCUCUCUUUAAUGUUUUUUUUUUUUUUGACAUGUAAUUACUUUGCCAAAGAGCCACGUUUAAAUCCAGGCUAUUCCCUCCAUGUUACAGUAAAUAUCCUCAGCAGAUUUCCUAAAUGUGGAGAACGUGAGAGGUGAGAAAUGCAUUGUGAUUUUGUCCUGGACUGACGCCUAUGGUGUAUUUGAAUGUAUAGGGCACGAAUAGAAGACUAAUUCUACUUACACUGUCUAACGUUGAGGUACUUUCAGUGAAGAUCAUUUCAAACCGACUACCCGCGUAUAUUUAGUGAUAUGCAUAUCCAGUUCACUGUAUCAAACAUAUCAUUCUCUCGAAAGGUGCCAUCAUUUAAUUUUCUCAGAGAAAACGUGUUGCACAAAAUCGAUGUUUGUAUCGUGAUUUAUAAGCUUUACAUCAUCAUUCCUUUACGAUUGUAUUUCAUCUGGCUUCCCCGAAAAUGAAUUGUUUAGUUUUUUAGCAGAAGAAAAAUAUUUUUGGGCUAAUUUUAUCAUUUCAUUUGCUUAAAAACAAUCAUUUGGCUAAAGCAAUCAUUAGAUGGGUCCAUUUCACUUUCAAUGUUUUAGAGAGCUUAUAUUACAUACAAUGUAUAAGUUGUUAAUGGCUAUGGAAUACAGCUAUGGCCAAAAACUGGCUAAUCUUUGAUUUAAGGGUAGGUUUGGCGGUAGGAUUAGGAUGAAAACAGCACUCAUCUGUCAAAUUUUUGCCCGUAGCUGUAUCCAUCCCAGACUUACACAUCUGCUCUAAAAUUGGAUGUUUUUAUGUUUCUGUAUUAUUUUAACUGUAAUCAUGCUGGGUUUUGUUUAUCUGGUAUGAAAAAGUGGUGAAUGAUUUUAUUGAAUAUUUUAAGUCCGCCUCGAAACACUUUAUUCCCUAACUUGUUUUCCAGCUGUUGUGUAGCAUGUGUGUAAAGAUAUUCAGGUAGGACUGAACAGUUGUGAGAGAUCAAUGCUGAUUUAUAGUUGAAGGGAUUGCGGUCCAUUCGACAUGAUUCAGCGCCAUUUCUUGGCAUAAACGAGAGGUUGUGUAUGAGUUUUAAGUUAUAAAUGCGAGUCUGGUUUGAAAAAAAUGUUACUGUGAAAUUUAAUGAUUCUUGUGUCUUGCGAAAGAGCAAGUAAAGCCUUUUAUUAUGAUUUUUAAAAAAUGUUUUGUUCGUGGCCCAUGAAUGUAACUUGUUUACCCGUGGUCAUAAACUAUUAAAGAUG